UCAGCUAUUUAUUCAACAGUCCAUCCCUCUACAUGAACCCUCAUUCUAACAUUCUUCCGUCGCUGUGUGUGAGUCGUUGUGAAUGACAGGGUGCGCUUGAUAUUCACAUAGAGGGACUGUAGGCUACUAUAAGAUGCCACGAUCUUUCUUGGUGAAGAAACAUCUCCCAUAUAAAAAGCCAAACUAUGGUAUGCUGGAUUCAAAGAAACACGGACUUCAUGUCGGUCUGCCCGAGUACUCAUGCAGCAUGUCAAGUCCUCAGCAGUCCAUUCUGUGCUUGGAAACGGAACCGUGUCUGACCGCCUCCACUCCAAACACCCUCACACAGAUGGACCUCUUCCACGCACCGGUGUCCAAAACGCAGCCCACGCAACCCAGCCACGUAGCCUCACAGAGCCCAGAGCACGAGCACGCCACCUUUCCUGGCGCCUCUGCUGCUCCCCAUCUCCUCAGAGACUCACACGAGCCUCUGGACCUGCUGAGGCCGCCUGUGGACCUCCAGUGCUUCCGCCCGAUGCAGGAGCUGUGUGUCCCGGGGGAGGUGGUCCCCAGCAGUCCUGCAACGCUCCACGGGCUGCAGGGUCCCAUUGGCCAGGAACGCUUUGAGUGCUUCAACUGCCAUAAGGCCUACUUCACCUUCUCCGGCUUGGCCAAGCACCAGCAGCUUCAUUGCGAGUGGCAGUGUCAUAAGUUUUUCAGCUGCAAGUAUUGUGAUAAAGAGUAUGUGAGCCUGGGUGCCCUGAAGAUGCACAUACGCACACACACAUUGCCUUGUGUUUGCAAGCUCUGUGGGAAGGCCUUUUCCAGGCCUUGGCUACUGCAGGGCCACAUCCGGACACACACAGGAGAGAAGCCCUUCUCUUGUCCACACUGCAGUCGAGCCUUCGCUGACCGCUCAAACCUGCGCGCACACCUGCAGACACACUCAGACAUUAAAAAGUACCAGUGUAGGAGCUGCUCGAAGACCUUCUCCAGGAUUUCCCUUUUGUCUAAACAUGAAGAGGCGGGAUGCUGUCCAAUGUCCUGAUGUGCAGUCCAGUCCUGCUUCUUCCCCUUCACAACAAACCAAAGACUUCUGAGCGCCCCCGUAGGCUACAGGAUACACAGCAGCUUGCUCUCAGUGCCUUUUAUGGAGGAACACCGUAAGGCACUCAAAGAGUUCAAGUCCAGUGGUGAUUGGACAGAACCCAACAUCAGGAUUCUUUCCUAUGAAACUUGCAGCAUUCUGGGCUGUAGCCUAUACUGAGGCUGCAUGUGCUUGCUACUGUGGAACGGUGGGACUAUGUAGGACUACUUCUGUGUAAGCUGCGACGACAUCUGCAUGUGUAUGUGUUUAAUCACAUAUACUGUAGUGUUGAAACAGUAAUGCAUGCUUUUGAUAUACUUGAAACGUUUAUGUAAUUUCAUAUGGAUGAACUGUUGCACUAGAAUCUAGAUCUUGGAGAGAAAUGGCACUUGUUUUGUAUGAUUUAUAUUUAGGAAAAUUAAUAAAUGCAUAUUUUUUGUAAUGCUG